AAUGUAGAUGAUACACUGUGAUACACAGAAGUGGUGAGAGAAUCUGAGGUGGUUGUCUUCUCACUCAAAUAACACAAAUGUACAGUUUAGGUUAGUAAUUACUGGACUCCAUUAAAGCUAAUCACAGGAUUUUCCUUCUCAACAAUGCAUCUUACUAACUAAACGCUGCUGAAAAGCGCAAAUUUUAUGAACAUAAAAAUUGGAAAAUUUCUGAGAGUGAACUUGUUCUUCAUCAAACAAUGCUCCAAAGGACCUGCAUUGUCUUGAUCUCUCUUUUCUGCUCAUUUUCUCCACUUGGUAGAGCGGUUCUCAACCUCACUCUUCCCGGCCAGCAUCCCGACCCGGAAGCAGUUGUCCAAGAAAUUCACAGGAAGGUAAAUGCGUCUUUAGCGAGAAGGGAAAUGCUACAAGUCUCCCAGAAAGACCAGUCUCCAUGCCUAACCGGAAACCCCAUAGACGACUGCUGGAAAUGUGACCCAGAAUGGGCGAACAACCGGCAGAGACUAGCAGAUUGCGCUAUUGGGUUCGGCCAGUACGCUCUUGGCGGCAAGAAUGGCGAAUUCUAUAUAGUCACCGACUCCUCAGACGACGACGCUGUGAAUCCUAAGCCUGGCACGCUACGAUAUGCUGUGAUUCAGACUGAGCCUCUCUGGAUUGUGUUCCCCAGCAACAUGCUCAUCAAGCUCUCUCAGGAGCUCAUCUUUAACAGCUACAAGACUCUCGAUGGGCGUGGGGCUAACGUCCACAUUGUCGGCGGCGGCUGCAUUACUCUGCAAUAUAUAACCAAUGUCAUUAUUCACAACAUACAUAUCCACCAUUGUCAUCCGUCAGGGGAUACUAAUGUGCGGUCGAGCCCAACCCACUACGGGUAUCGCACGAAAUCGGACGGUGAUGGGAUCUCCAUAUUCGGGUCUCGAGACAUAUGGGUGGACCAUUGUUCCCUAUCGCACUGCAGGGACGGCCUGAUUGACGCGGUGAUGGGGUCGACCGGGAUCACGAUAUCGAACAACUAUUUCUCGCAUCACGAUGAGGUGAUGUUGCUGGGCCACAGCGACGAGUACUUGCCGGACUCGGGGAUGCAGGUGACCAUAGCCUUCAAUCACUUCGGCGAGAAGCUGGUCCAGAGGAUGCCCAGGUGCCGACGUGGCUAUAUCCACGUCGUCAACAACGACUUCACGCAGUGGGAGAUGUAUGCUAUUGGUGGUAGCGGUAACCCUACCAUUAAUAGCCAAGGGAACCGCUACACCGCCCCCAUUGAUCGCAAUGCCAAGGAGGUGACGAAGAGGGUGGAGACAGCAGAAGAAAAAUGGAGGGGAUGGAACUGGAGGUCGGAGGGGGAUAUAAUGGUGAACGGAGCAUUCUUUGUGGCGUCCGGUGAGGGUGUAGAGGUCAAGUACGAGAAGGCUUAUAGCGUGGAGCCCAAAUCCGUUGUGCUCAUCGACCAGAUCGUCAUGCACGCUGGUGUUCUCGGAGUUGGUGGCAGGGACAACAACCUGGGAAUGUGGAGCACAGGACCCAAUGUUGGUGGAACGGGUUUCGGGUCAGGCCCAGACUACACGGAUGAUAUGUGGGGGAGCAGCUUGCCACUGUCGCCUUCUACCUCUACUACUCUCCUAUCCCUUUUGAUUGCAUUCUCAUGCUUGUUAUUUUAUAAAAUAACCCUCAUGUUAUGACAUCUAAUGAGAAAUUAAGUUAUCAA